GGCGAUUGCAACACAUGGUGCGCGGCGAGGGGGAGCGCGAGCAGCCGGGCGCCGACGUCAGCGCCGCCAGCCGCCGGGGGGCACCGGGCCUGAGGCCGCAGCCGCCGCAGCAGGAGGAGGAGGAGGGAGAAGAUGGCGGACGAUCCCAGCGCUGCCGACCGCAACGUGGAGAUCUGGAAGAUCAAGAAGCUCAUCAAAAGCCUGGAAGCGGCCCGCGGCAAUGGUACCAGCAUGAUAUCCUUGAUCAUUCCCCCCAAAGACCAGAUUUCACGAGUGGCAAAAAUGUUAGCGGAUGAGUUCGGCACCGCCUCCAACAUCAAGUCUCGAGUGAACCGCCUUUCAGUACUGGGAGCCAUCACAUCUGUACAGCAAAGACUGAAACUCUAUAACAAAGUACCUCCAAAUGGUCUGGUUGUUUACUGUGGAACAAUUGUGACAGAGGAAGGAAAAGAGAAGAAAGUCAACAUUGACUUCGAACCUUUCAAACCAAUCAACACGUCGUUGUAUUUGUGUGACAACAAAUUCCACACAGAGGCCCUGACAGCGCUGCUUUCCGACGACAGCAAGUUUGGCUUUAUCGUAAUAGAUGGUAGUGGGGCCCUCUUUGGGACUCUGCAAGGAAACACAAGAGAAGUCCUGCACAAAUUCACUGUGGAUCUUCCAAAGAAGCAUGGUAGAGGAGGUCAGUCUGCCUUGCGUUUCGCUCGCUUGAGGAUGGAGAAACGACACAACUAUGUGAGGAAGGUGGCAGAGACAGCUGUGCAGCUCUUCAUCUCUGGAGACAAGGUGAACGUGGCUGGUCUCGUUUUAGCUGGAUCAGCUGACUUCAAAACUGAAUUAAGUCAAUCUGACAUGUUUGAUCAGAGGUUGCAAUCCAAAGUGCUCAAACUAGUUGACAUUUCAUAUGGAGGAGAAAAUGGAUUCAAUCAAGCAAUUGAGCUGUCAACUGAGGUCCUCUCCAAUGUGAAAUUCAUUCAGGAGAAGAAACUAAUAGGACGAUACUUCGAUGAAAUCAGUCAGGACACGGGGAAGUACUGUUUUGGUGUUGAAGAUACACUAAAAGCUUUGGAAAUGGGAGCAGUAGAGAUACUGAUAGUCUAUGAAAAUCUGGAUAUAAUGAGAUAUGUUCUGCACUGCCAAGGCACGGAGGAGGAGAAGAUCCUGUAUUUGACACCAGAGCAAGAGAAGGAUAAAUCCCACUUCACAGAUAAAGAGACUGGCCAGGAACAUGAACUGAUAGAAAGUAUGCCCCUCCUGGAGUGGUUUGCAAACAACUACAAGAAAUUUGGAGCAACAUUGGAAAUUGUUACAGACAAAUCACAGGAAGGAUCCCAAUUUGUGAAAGGAUUUGGAGGAAUUGGAGGUAUCUUGAGGUACCGAGUGGACUUCCAGGGCAUGGAAUACCAAGGAGGAGACGAUGAAUUUUUUGACCUUGAUGACUACUAGGUAGUCGACCUGGGUCCGGCAACACGUGCCUCGCCCCUCCAGCAUCCAACCCAAGGAGCAAACUCAUGGUGGAAAAACACAACAGAUCCCUGCCUUAGAAUUGGAACAUUUCCAGAACUUGAUCCACGAGCAUUGGAUUUAAUAUAAAAAAGCAAAACCCUACACUUUGAUUUGUCAUAGUGUCAGUACAGCAGCAAACUACUAAGUUCCUAUAAUGCCACUUUGGACUAAUUUAAAAAGAAUCCCAGUUUUUACUUUUACUCAAUGGUGAAAUUGGUUGCUCUUGUAUUUUAUGAAAAUGAUUUUUUUAACCUUCAUGAUACAUUAACUGCUGUAAACCUCUUCCUUCCAAAAUUAAUAGAAGUAAGAUCCUACUGGUUUGUUUCUUUUUACUUUGGAGAAAUCAAUCGCUGCGUUUUGCAGCACCGUGACCCAUUUACAUGGCACUCUCAGCUCAGACUGCAGAAGAAAUGGAAUGGAAUGGAAGCCAUUCAUUCCCUUCAAAAGAAUGAGAAGGCACUUAACCUCGAGUGCUGGCUUAUAAUGUGUGGCUUGCAAAUUCAAGAUGGUUUUGGGGAGGCUUACCAGCCAAACGUGCUUUAAUCUAUUUGCAGAAGCUCUGCUCUUACAAACUAGGAAAUGCACUUCAUUGAUUGCAAUGAAAAUGCUGCUGAUGUCUUGGACUUCAUUUAGGUGUGAACAGUGCAGCCUUCAGGAUUCUUUUUAUUUUUUUUUUUUUCUCCCCCCAGUCUUGACAGAAAGAAACAUGAUUUCAGUGAAGGUACACUGCUUUGUUUUGUUCCUCAGUAAGGUUUUCUUUUUUGAUUUCUUUUUUUGCUUUAGGACUGCGUAAGGUUUCCUUGAUGAUGUGAAUUUGAACCCCCUGUUCUCUAAUGGAAGCUGGUAUUUUACAGGAAUAAUUAGCAAGGGGAGUCCUUGAUGGAAACCUUAGUACUGGUGCAUUUGGAGCUCUUGAUACUAAUAGGUUGAACAUUGGCACAGCCCACUGGGGAUAUCCUCCAUCUCCCAGCACUGAGGCAGUCUGGUGGAUUGGCUCACAAAUGUCCUGCACGUCUGAUGCUGAGCUCUUUCACCUGGGCCCUUCAUGGGUUCAGGCUUCUGGCUGCAUCAGGACUCCAGAAAGCUUUUUGUCAGGCCUGCUGUGCAGAGUGUGUGUCAGCUAGAAGUGACAAAGGGUUUUUCACACGGUCUUGCAGGCAGAGGGUGAGGCGAAGGCUGGGCCGAGGUCAUCCACAAGUCUUGCUUCUUUCUGGGGGUUCCUGGGGUCUCUGACAUGGCACUGCCUGGUGGCUCUGUCACUGGGUGCACCAAUCAAAAGCAGCUUCUUUUCCAAGCUGCAUACCUGCCUAUUUUUCCAAUAAUCCUGUUUCACUUGAAUGGAGGGGGGGGGGGGGGGGGGCUUGUCUUAAAACUUCUGCCACGCUGUUCUUGGAGGUCCAAAACUACUGUCCUUGUGAGCAAUACGAUUGGGAACCCUGGUGUCCCACCUGGCAGGUGGCUUUGCUGUCCUUUUCACAUCAAAGCUGGCAUCUCUCACGGAAGGUGUGCCUGGGUCUGCCACAGAUUUGCACAAACCCAGGUUUGAGCACAUCUCUGGCUGUCCCAGUGCUGUGUUCUGGAUUCUGCCAUUGUAAAUGGGUCUAAUGUGACAUGACAAGACCAGAAGAAAAAAAAUAAAAACAAAAAUUGGAUGUAAAUUUACAUAUUUUUUUUUGAAUAUACUGCUUGUUGUUUCACAUGAUACAUUAGGGUCUGCAGCUCCUUUUUGUAGUUUUUAUUUUUACUAUUUAAGUUUGGAAAUGAUGCCAAAUUUUUGUAUUUCUUUAAUCAAUGUGUUCUCUUCAGUGAUAUAUAUUGCAUUAUAUAUUGAUGUGUAUAUCAAUAUAUACUGAUAUGUAUUACACUUACACAUACAAACACGUUAAAGGGGGGUGAAAAAUCCUAGCCUUUGCAUACUCUAAUAGCCUCUGCAGAGAGAUCCCAAGCAGUGAUAUCUUGGUGUUGUGAUGUACAGAAAUGGAGAAGAGUAUUAAACCAUAUUUAAGAAUAUA